CAUGCGCAUUGAGACUGGCCACGUGGCUGCAAAACAACAGUAGGCGUACACUGCUGAGAAUUAACAUAGAAAGGAUAUUGGAAUGGCCCAGCAUCUAGCCAAAAGAUCACUUGCCCUAGUGUUGUCACAAGCUCUCAAGACAACCAGAACUGACAGGAUUACAGCAUAUAGAUUAAAGUGGUCACAUGGACUGCCACUGAUUAGUCGCCCAGGGUGGAUGAGUCCUCGUUACUAUGUAACUGAUGUGCGUCCAGUAAUGACAGAGUGGGAGGGUGGAGACAAGACCCCACCCCCUAUAGAGGAAGUGUCAGUCGGGAAAGAGAAAGCGGUCUUAGAAGGAGCUUUCACUGGGAAGUUGUUCUCGGAGCUUUCCGUGAACCCUGACCUGUUGGGCAGACUACAGCGGCUUGGCAUUGAGAGAGCAUUCGAGGUACAGGACAAGACCCUCCCACUCACUCUGGAAGGAAGGGAUGUGAUUGGACGUGCGAUUACUGGCAGUGGCAAGACACUAGCCUUUGCCCUCCCUAUUGUACAAGUCUUGUCAAGAAGUGCUGCUGGCCGUCAUCCCAGGGCACUAGUCAUCACCCCCACACGGGAGCUUUGUAAUCAGGUAGCGAAGAGUGUGCAACAGCUGUCUCAAGGACUUCGUUGUCUGGCUGUGUACGGAGGAGACUCCAUCCAUAGACAGGCCCAGCAACUGAGGAAAGGGGUGGACGUGGUGUGUGCUACUCCAGGGAGAUUGAACGACCAUAUCACCAGGGGGGCUAUGAGCUUAUCUGAGAUCCAGUUUCUAGUGCUGGACGAAGCUGACGAACUGUUGACCCCUGGGUUCCUGGCACAGAUACGCAAUGUCCUGAAUGGUUGUCCCCAGGGCAAACAGAUGAUGUUGUUCAGUGCCACUAUACCAGAGCAUAUAAUGAGAAUUGCUGAAGAGUAUAUGAGGGACCCAGUAACUGUUGACCUUGUGACUGACAGGAGCGUGGUACCAGACUCCGUAGUACAUAACGUUGUCAGAGUAACGAGUGACUACAAACACUCCAUUGUGGCUGCGCUCCUAACCGAGCACAAACCACGACGUGCCAUUGUGUUCAACUCCUCAAGAGCCGGCACUGGUCACUUGUCCCGCUACCUCAGAACUAGGGGUGUACGAGCCGCCCCUAUCAACUCUGACCUAUCACAAAGAGACAGGGAGUACUGUCUGGCCAACUUCAGACAGGGAAAAAUCGAUGUGCUCUGUGCGACUGAUGUGGCUGCUCGAGGGAUUGAUGUUCCAGAGACUGAUUUGGUCAUUCAAGUUGGCCCUCCUCCCAGUGGCAUUGAUUUCUACAUUCAUCGGUCAGGGCGGACUGGUCGUAAAGGUCAAAUUGGGCAGUCCAUUCUUGUGCUAGUUGACGGUGACAACAGCUCCAAGUUUACUAUCGAUCCAGACGACUUUCUACGACAGAUGCGUAGCCAUGGUAUCCCAUUCCGUCUGCUACCACCUCCCACGGAGUUGAUGAAAGAACGUGUGCUUGUAGAGUGGGAGAAACUGCUCAGUGUGGGAGAUGAGGGUGUGGAAGCAGUCAAACCACACAUGGAGAAGCUACUGGCGGGAAAGAACAGUGAUGAGCUGGUGGUAGCUGCCAUAGCUCUUCUGACUGGUGCCGCUAAAAGCACCUCUGAUGUGGGUGGAGUCAGAAAGUGGAAAGGAAACUCGUCUGCCGAUAGGUCAAGGUUCAGAGGUCAAGGUUCAGGUUCAUAUCCAAGAAGAGACAAUUUCGCCAAGAAAUUCGAAGUGUAUCCUAAAAGAGAUGGGUGGUCUAAAGAUCAAAGGUCAUAUCGAAAGGGAGACGCAUACGAAAAUGAUUUCAGCGGUCAGUUCACUGGUGUCAAAACAGACCGUAACAAUUACGAACUCAAAAGUCAAAAUUCAUACUCAAACAGACCAGUUCAAAGCAUUGAUUUUCAGACUGAUUAGAUGAUCAUGUUCCCAUUACUGUAGCCCAUUAACCGACUCAGCACACCUCUAAUUAUAUAUUUUGUAUCCCUCAGUUCUGCUAUUUAUUGUACGUACCAGUAGUAUAACUAUCACUGUGGUUUUGGCUAUACUUUACUACUUACUCUGUGGAAAGUGAAAAAAGUGUUUGUGUUGUGGA